UUAUUUCCUAAUCUUUAGAUGCAUAUCGACUAGCAGGAGGACAUUUCUGAGGUUGUGGAAGAAUAUUUACUAUGAACAUUCAGGAAUUGUUUAUGCUGGCAUUAAUGCCUGUUCUAAAAACGCUGUUGAUUGUGGUUGUUGGCUUAUUUCUUGCUUUAGAUCGUGUGAGUAUUUUGACUGCAGAAGGACGGCACCAUCUGAACAAUCUUGUAUUCUACGUCUUCUUUCCAUCACUUUGUGCUAGUGGUCUCAUCAGUUCAAGUACAGUGACCGGCAGAUUUUCUUUGUGGUUCGUCCCAGUGAGUAUUCUUAUUACGUUUCUUGUUGUAUCAGCUCUCGGUUGGAUACUUGUCAAAAUCACUAGAACGCCUCACCAUUUGCAUGGCCUUGUUAUCGGUUGUUGCGCGGGAGGAAACAUGGGGAACUUGCCUGUCAUUAUAAUCCCAGCCAUCUGUGCCGAGAAAAACAAUCCGUUUGGAGAUCCAUUUACGUGCUCUACAAAUGGAAUGGGUUAUGUAUCCCUCUCUAUGGGGAUAGGAGCUAUUGGCGUCUGGUCGUAUGUAUAUAAUAUCGUAUGGGCAUAUGGAAAGAAGGAGGAUGGGGAUGUCUCAGCCUACUCUAGAUUAAGAGAAAAUCAGCAUGGUGAAACGUCAAAACAAUCCUUGGACAGUACUACAAGAACACUGCUACCAAGUAGUAACUCGAAGGUCGAUGAAGCUUCAGUUUCGUUACGUGCUGUCAUUGAGAAAAAGGUGAAAUCGUUGGUGGAAUAUAUCGAACUGAGUGUGGUUUUCAGACCCCCUACAAUUGCAACGAUUGUUGGCAUUAUCAUUGCUUCAGUCUCUCCAAUCCAAGAUAUCUUGGUUGGCUCUUGUGCUCCACUUCGUUUCAUCGAGAGUUCCGUUGUUUUGCUAGGGGAGGCAGCAAUUCCAUCCAUGACCAUUAUAAUGGGUGCAAAUCUUCUAAGAGGUUUCAAGCGAUCAGGAGUGGGAAUUUCACUUCUUUUUGGGAUCAUUGUAGUCCGAUUCAUUCUCUUGCCAAUCAUUGGUGUUGCUGUUAUUACGGCUGCAAAAAAUCUAGGCAUGGUGGGAUCAGAUCCUUUAUAUCACUUUGUUAUUCUCUUGCAAUAUGCGGUUCCACCUGCAAUGGCCAUAGGUACUAUCACACAGUUGUUCGAAAUUGGUGAGACUGAAUGUUCUGUUAUCAUGUUCUGGAAUUACGCCGUGGCAUCAAUUGCGUUGACGCUUUGGUGUACUGUCACACCCCAGUCCUGA